CUGCCUUUACUAGGAUUAUUAUCUUCAAUAUUUAACAAAAGAUGGUUGAAAAAAUUGAAUUUUAACAAACUUUUUUUUCAAAAAAGCAAUCAACCACAAGAUGACGGUUGUUGUGGCAUCAACAAUGACAGCAUAGAUGGGAGAAGAACAGGUAAAACCAGCAGAAGAAGAUUCAAAGAUAUCUUCAGUUGUUGUUGUUGCUGUUACUGGGGAAGAAACAAAAACAAAAACUGAAGAAGAAGAAAAGAUGGGGUUUUCUGAGAUCAGAGAUUCUGCUAUUCAACCUUCAUGGUUUACUCCAAAAAGGUUACUGGCAUUAUUUUGUGUCAUCAACUUGAUAAACUAUUUGGAUCGAGGAGCGAUUGCUAGCAAUGGUGUGAAUGGUGAACGCCAGACAUGUGAGGGUGGCAUAUGCUCUGGUGGUAGUGGCAUUCAGGGCCAAUUUAACUUGAGCAAUUUUCAAGAUGGUGUGCUAUCAUCAGCUUUCAUGGUUGGACUCCUUAUUGCCUCCCCAAUAUUUGCUACAUUAGCAAAGAGUGUGAAUCCGUUUCGAUUGAUUGGAGUCGGAUUGCUAGUCUGGACUAUUGCUAUUGUUGGCUGUGGGUGCUCGUGGGAUUUCUGGUCCAUAUCCAUUUUCCGAAUGCUUGUUGGUGUAGGUGAGGCGUCAUUUAUCAGUCUUGCAGCCCCCUUCAUCGAUGAUAAUGCCCCUGAUACUCAGAGAACAGCAUGGCUUGGAUUUUUUUACAUGUGUAUUCCAGUCGGAUAUGCAGUUGGCUACAUUUUUGGCGGUUUGGUCGGAAGCCAUCUUGCGUGGCGUUGGGCUUUCUUUUUAGAGGCAAUCUUGAUGGUUCCAUUUGUUAUUUUAUGUUUUGUUAUGAAACCACUGCAGUUGAAAGGAUUUGCACCUGCUGGAUCCAAAAAGGCAUUGGCAUCUGUGGAAACAGUUGCUCCUGAUACACAAGACUCAGAGAUUUCAGCGACUGAUAACAGUAAAUCUGGUGAAGAGAAAAGUGAUAAUUUGGGUGAAGCUUCUGAAUCAGGGAAUGAAGUUACCAGAUGUUUGCGUGACAUGAAGGUGCUUCUUGCCAAUAAGGUUUAUGUUGUCAAUGUUCUAGGUUAUAUAUCAUACAACUUUGUUUUGGGUGCAUACUCAUACUGGGGACCAAAGGCUGGUUACAAUAUUUACAAAAUGGACAAUGCAGACAUGGUCUUUGGUGGGAUUACAGUUGGCUGUGGGUUAGCUGGAACUAUUGGUGGAGGUCUCCUUCUUGAUUACGUGAACUCCACCAUCUCCAAUGCUUUCAAGCUUUUGUCGGCAUCAACUUUUCUCGGAGCAGUAUUUUGCUUUAGUGCUUUCUGUUUCAAGAGGGAGAUAUAUUUCCUCAUUUUUUUUGCAAUUGGGGAACUCCUAGUCUUUGCAACUCAGGCCCCUGUAAAUUAUGUGUGUCUACACUGUGUUAAGCCCAGUUUACGACCACUUUCUAUGGCCAUGUCUACUGUAUCAAUUCAUGUGUUUGGUGAUGUACCUUCCUCGCCUCUUGUUGGCGUCCUCCAGGAUCAUAUUCAUAAUUGGAGGAAGACAGCUUUAAGUUUGACAUCUAUUCUGUUUCUAGCAGCUGUAAUAUGGUUCAUAGGGAUCUUUUUUCGCUGUCCAGACAAAUUUAACGAAGAGAGCGAACAUAAAACCAGCGAACUUAACAACACUAACAAAGCACCAUUGCUAGAGGACGAGGCAACUAUUGCAUAGUUCGUAACUUUCAGCCUAUAUAACUCAGACUCGCCAUUUCAUUCAGAUACCCAUGUUGGGUCCUUGGCACUUCAUUUUGGACCGAAAUAUAAUUGCUUUUCAUCAAAUAGCCGAGACUAACACUUGGACAUGUAACUAUCCAACACGAGUACACUAGGCAGAGUGAAAUAGGUUUAAGCUAUCAACUUCAUAGCAACUGGGAAGCACAGUCUGUCCUGCAACUGUAUAUAUAUUCUCUUUUGUGAGUAAAUUAUAGGAAUAUCUUUUGGUCUGUCUUAUCCCUCUUUAAGAUUUUUUUCAGGGUCUCAAUUUUUUCUUAGUAAAGUAGCAGAGGAUUGUUUAGCUUUUAUUACCUGCUCAUUCUCUGUACAGUUAAUCAUAGAGUAGGAUGCUAUCAAUUUUAUCUGGUCCAUGAUACUAGAUACUCAUAAUUCAUGCUUUUCUGAAAUAUCAAGCAAUUUGGAUUCUUUAUAUUA